CCGUAAUUCAAAUUCAAUUGCUGUCUGUAACCUCCUCCUCCUCUCCUGGCAACUGAGUAAAGGAUCGGCCACGUCUCCCUCAUCGGCGAUACUCCGGUCAACUCUCCGGCCGUCUCCAAUCGUCCGGCGCUUUUCUCAUCGUACUGUUCGCCGUCGCAAUCUCUCUCGCAGAGUCUCUCUGUGAUAAACCUCUUUUGCUAAGUAUAGCGUUCAGGAUCGUAUCGUAUCUUCGUAUGGCGUCAGCGAUAUUCACUGACUGUUCAUCAGCUACGAAGGCUGUGGCAAUGACGUCUGCUCGUCUUCCUCCGUUGAGCAAGCUCAAGGACCAACAAGGUGCUGUAAUUUCUCCCCGCUCGAUUUCCUUCCGGCCUAACUCAAGAAGUUACAGUCUACUCAAUACCGUCCUCUACACUACUCGCGCCAUGGCUUCCUCCGCCUCCCUAUCUCCUGUUGUGAUGGCUGAGGAUUCAUCUGCCAAAAUUAUUGACGGAAAAUUAACUGCAAAGCAGAUUAGAGAUGAGAUAGCGAUAGAAAUAUCAAGGAUGAAGGAAUCAAUUGGCGUUGUUCCAGGAUUAGCAGUUAUCUUAGUUGGUGAUCGUAAGGACUCUGCUACUUACGUACGCAACAAGAAGAAAGCUUGUGAAACUGUAGGGAUUAAAUCGUUUGAAGUAAGCUUACCAGAAGACUGUUCAGAACAGGAAGUACUUACUUAUAUCUCAAAAUUCAAUGAUGAUCCUUCAGUGAAUGGCAUCCUUGUGCAGUUGCCUCUUCCUUCUCAUAUGAAUGAACAAAACAUCCUGAAUGCUGUUUGCAUUGAGAAAGAUGUUGACGGUUUCCACCCUUUGAACAUAGGGCGGUUAGCUAUGCGUGGUAGAGACCCAUUGUUUGUUCCAUGUACGCCUAAGGGAUGCAUAGAACUGUUGCAUAGGUAUGGAGUGGAAAUCAGAGGGAAAAGAGCAGUUGUUAUUGGCAGGAGUAAUAUUGUCGGGAUGCCUGCUGCUAUGUUGCUGCAAAGGGAAGAUGCUACCGUCACUAUUAUUCACUCGAGAACAAAAAAUGCAGAGGAAAUCACUAGACAAGCCGAUAUAGUCAUUGCAGCUGUUGGGCAGGCGAAUAUGGUGAAAGGUAGCUGGUUAAAACCUGGUGCAGUCGUUAUUGAUGUCGGGAUCAAUCCAGUUGAGGAUUCAAGCAGUCCUCGAGGUUAUAGGUUGGUAGGAGAUGUUUGUUAUGAGGAGGCUUGUAGGGUUGCUUCAGCCAUUACUCCAGUUCCGGGUGGAGUGGGUCCCAUGACGAUCGCCAUGCUAUUGUCGAAUACUCUUGACUCGGCAAAAAGAGUUCAUAAUUUCAAAUAAGGUAUUUAAUAAUUUUGCUAUAUGAAUUAUUAUUAUUAUAAAUAAUCAAAACUAGAGAUUCUUUUCUCCUUUCUUUAGAGAUCUUGGAAAGGAUUUUUUUACCAGAUAUUUUAUUUAAGGGAGUGACAUGUUUGUGAGGUAAUAUUAUAAUAUAUUUUACUCAAUCUAUGAUAGAUUUGUAUUGAAAGAAGUUAUCAAGGUUAGUUAUAUUUAGAUGAU